AUGAGCGAUGAUGAGCAAGCGCAGGACGGCAAAGGCGCAUCAUCUGCAGGGAAGCGGACGCGCGUGGAGGGAAGGGGGAGCAGCGCGGCGCAGCGAGCGGCAGCAAGCGAAGCGUGCAAGAGCAUCAGCCUCAAACGGUUGCAGGAGCAGUACCAUCGCCCUCUGUCUGAUGAUAUCUUCAAGACCCCCGGGGCGGCCAACCCGAAAUAUCUUGGAUAUGCGAGCGAACCUCCGUUGGAACUGACAACCGGCGCUCAUCUUGAUCCCGCCUUGUACAUGCAAUACUGA